AUGGAAAUUCUGCCAGAGUGUUUCUUCAUAUUUACGUGCAUAGGUCUUUGGAAACCUGCCGGCUGGACUGGUUACAAAUCAAUAGCCUACAAUUUGUACACAGUCUUCAUGAUAUCUAUACCCUGUCUUUUUGUGGUAUCUGGAUUUUUGGACCUGAUUCUACUCACUACAGAUGUAUCUGACAUAAGUGACAAUGUAUUUUUGGUACUCACUAUCAUGGCUGGCUGUGGAAAAAUAUUUAUUACAUUUUCUUACUCAACAAUGACUGGAGUUGGAGUAACGCUGUUCGUCCUUGGAAAAAUAAUUGAAAAUGGACCUCAGAGGAUCCUGCCCUACAGAGGAUGGUUACCUUACAAUUACUCACAACCAGUAGUGUACUGGCUAUCAGCUGGACAACAAGCGCUCUCAAUGAUCAUUGCCGGGGGCGUAAACGCUGCCUUUGACACUUUUUUUCCCGGGAUGAUGUUUCUCGUUUGCGCCCAAAUAAAUAUAUUCAAACAUCGAUUCAAAAUUAUGUUGAAUUCCCUCGAAAUAAAUGAUAACAACAAUAACAAUGACAUCAUUGACAACGACUACAGAAAAGUAAAUUAUAUUUUUGGCGAAUCCGUUAAGCAUCACAAUUAUAUUUUUCAAUUGUUCGAUAAUAUAAAUAAUGUAUUUUCUACUGUGAUAUUCGUCCAGUACUCAGUAGGAUCAGUUAUUUUUUGUACGAGCAUUUAUCACAUGUCAGACAUGAAAAUAACGACCGUUGAAUUUGUGUCAAAUAUUUUUUACAUCGGCAGUAUGUUAUCACAAAUAUUUUUGCUUUGUGUUUCUGCAAAUCAAGUGACAUUGGAGUUACUACACCGGUAG